AUGGUCGCGUCUCAAGACAAUGACAAGGCAAAACAGACAUCAGUGAAUGCAACCAGCCAUCUUGCCGAAAAGUAUGGUUGGAAGAAUACAAACGAGGCAGGGUAUACCAUCAACGAAGUCCCCUCGGGGCUGUUGCGCCCUGUCAAGAUAGUAUGCCUGGGUGCCGGUGCGUCUGGAAUCAAUCUGGCCAAGCUCGUACAAGAUCAAAUGCAGAAUGUCGAACUGAAAAUCUACGACAAGAACUCUGAUGUCGGGGGCACUUGGUGGGAGAAUCGCUAUCCCGGCUGUGCUUGUGACAUUCCUUCUGCAAGCUACCAGUUCACCUGGGAGCCACAUAUCUGGUCUCAGUACUAUGCGGAGAGCCCGGAGAUUUUUGACUAUUUCAAAGGUAUAGUCGUCAAGUAUGGGCUGUCAAAGUACAUCAAGCUGCGGCACCGGGUGGACCACGCCGAGUGGGACGAGGAUGAAGGUCACUGGAACAUCACCGUCACAGACUUGGAGUCUGGAGACCAGUUCACCGAGUCGUGCGACAUCUUCAUAAAUGCCGGCGGCCCUCUAAACUUUUGGGAGUGGCCCAAGAUAAAUGGUCUCAAAGACUUUAAAGGAGUGCUCGUCCACUCUGCCGCGUACCCGGAAGGGCUCGAUCUGAAUGGCAAGCGCGUCGCCGUGGUAGGUAUCGGAUCAAGUGGAGUUCAAAUCACAGCCAAAAUCCAGAGUCAAGUGGAAAAGUUGUAUACGUGGAUCAGUACACCUACAUGGAUGACCCCGUCCUUUGCCUCGAAAUACUCGGGUCUGGGUGGAGGCAACUUCAAAUAUUCCGAGGAGCAGAAGAGGCGGUUCAGGGAAGAGCCAGGCUACUAUCUCAAGUAUUGCAAAAUGGUGGAGACGCAGCUGCAAGAAGGGUUUCUAGCAUUCCACCAGAAUACUGCUGAAGCGCAAGGUCUGGAAAAGAUGGCAAGACAGGAAAUGAUGGAGAAACUAAAGGGAAGAGACGACCUGAUCGAGAAACUCAUUCCCAAAGACUUCCCCGUCGGAUGCAAACGGCCAACUCCCGGAAACGGGUUCCUCGAAGCUCUCAUGUCUCCCAACGUCACGACCUUCACCAAAGCCCUCGACACAAUCACCGAGCAAGGAUUCCUCGACCCCGAUGGGAACGAGCACGAAGUCGACGUGAUCAUCCUGGCCACAGGCUUCAACACCACAUGGGUUCCCCGAUUCCCCAUCAUCGCCAACGGGUACAACCUCCAAGACCAGUACCGCAAGAACCCCAUCUCGUACCUCGGGCUCUCGGCGCCCUUCAUGCCCAACUAUUUUACUUUCUACGGGCCCUACGGCCCGCUGGGCCAGGGCAGCGCACUGUGCAUGAUUGAGAAAAUGGCCGAGUAUUUCGCACAGAUGGUCCGGAAGCUACAGCUCGAGAACAUCAAGAGCUACACGCCGAGGCUGAGCGUCGCCCUGGACUACCAGGAGCACACGGACCUGUACCACAACCGAACCGUGUGGUCGGGCAACUGCCGCAGCUGGUUCAAAGGGGGCAAGCUGGGCGGAAAGAUCAUGCUCCACCCAGGAACGAGGACUCAAUACAUGGAGCUCAUCGCAGCCCCGCGCUACGAAGACUACGAGAUCCAGUAUCGUAAUCGGAACGUGUGGUAUUGGCUCGGGAACGGCUUCUCGACCCGGGACUUGGACGGCAGAGAUCUGACGUGGUAUUUGGGCUUGGUCGACGGCAAGGACGAGCAACAAUAUUUCGAGGUUUGA